GAGUCGACUCUGCUAAAAUUGCAGAAGAUAGCCAGUAAAAGUUUAGACGAUGUGCAACCGAUGAGAGACGGAAAGGUUCACGUUGAACUUCGAAGGAGUAUUCUACUGUGAAAUUUGCACUCGCAGCAAUAGCCAUAAUAACCUUCAAGCCUCUAUCAAAAUGCUGGUCUUCGGGUUUGUGUCAGUUGUACUGUUGUGCUCAUGGGAACUGAGCCAUGCACAGUAUGAGCACUUGGGUUACCCUCUGGGCUACCAGGACCCUGCACAAGAACUGUACACAGCCCCACAGCUUCCUGCAGACAUUCCCAGGAUACAGUUACGUCUGGCAGGGGAGAAACGCAAACACAACGAAGGGCGCGUGGAGGUGUUCUAUGAAGGGGAGUGGGGAACUGUGUGCGAUGAUGAUUUCAACAUUCACGCCGCCCAAGUGGUGUGCAGAGAACUGGGUUAUUUUGAAGCAGUGUCCUGGUCUCCAUCGUCUAAAUUUGGGAAAGGGGAAGGUCGUAUCUGGUUUGACAAUGUCCACUGCAAGGGAAAUGAGAAUACCUUGGCCCAGUGUGAGUCCAACGGCAUCGGUGUGUCUGACUGCAAACAUACGGAGGAUGUCGGGGUGGUUUGCAGUGACAAGAGGAUCCCAGGAUUUAAGUUUGUCAACACCCUUGCCAACAACAUCAAUAGCAUGAACAUUCAGGUGGAGGAUGUCCGUAUACGUCCAAUCCUAUCAUCGUAUCGUAAGCGUGUUCCAGUGACAGAAGGUUACGUGGAGGUGAAGGAUGGAGGCAAGUGGAAGCAGCUCUGUGACGAUGCCUGGAAUCAAAUGAACAGCAGGGUCAUCUGCGGCAUGUUCGGCUUUCCCGGAGACAAGAAAUACAACACUCGCGUGUACAAAAUGUUCGCCCGGAAGAGAAACCUGACGUACUGGGAUUAUUCUAUAAAUUGCACCGGAAAUGAAGCUCAUUUGUCUAGCUGUAAGCUGGGUCACACUCUCUCUGUCAAAGCCAAUAACACGUGUGAGCAGGGCAGUCCGGUGGUAGUCAGCUGUGUCCCUGGAAGGGCUUUUGCUCCUACUCCCAUGGCAGGCUACAGGAAGGCCUUCAGACAGGAGCAGCCCCUAGUGCGUCUCAGAGGCGGUGCUGUUGUUGGCGAGGGACGUGUGGAGGUGCUGAAGAACGGUGAAUGGGGAACGAUCUGUGACGAUAACUGGAACCUCAUAUCAGCUACUGUAGUAUGUCGGGAACUUGGUUUUGGAAGUGCCAAGGAGGCGCUUUCAGGAGGUCGGCUCGGGCAAGGAAUGGGACCUGUACAUAUGAAUGAAGUUCAGUGUUCUGGCUUUGAGAAGUCUGUCACAGAGUGCCCCUUCAAUAUGGACAAAGACUCUGAAGGCUGCAGUCAUGAAGAGGAUGCGAGUGUUAGAUGCAACGUUCCAGCCAUGGGCUUCCAGCAGAGGCUGCGGUUGAGCGGAGGUCGUACCCCUUUCGAAGGCCGCGUUGAGGUUCUGAAAGAGCGGAACGGCUCUCUGGUAUGGGGAACCGUGUGCGGUGAGGGCUGGGGCACUAUGGAGGCAAUGGUCAUAUGCAGACAGCUGGGCCUAGGAUUCGCAAGCAAUGCUUUCCAGGAGACGUGGUACUGGCCCGGUGCAGUGAAUGCAGAUGAUGUGGUUAUGAGUGGGGUGAGGUGUGCUGGAACAGAGAUGUCUCUUUCUCACUGUUUGCAUCAUGGAGAAUAUCUAAGCUGCCCUAAAGGUGGAGGACGCUUUGCAGCUGGAGUUUCCUGCUCUGAGACUGCUCCAGAUCUGGUGUUGAACCCGCAGGUGGUGGAAGAGACCACAUACCUAGAGGACCGUCCUAUGUUAAUGUUACAGUGUGCCUAUGAGGAGAACUGCCUCGGUUCCACCUCCAGUUCCACUCCUGCAAACUCUUAUCGCCGGCUCCUCCGGUUCUCCUCUCAGAUCCACAACAACGGACAGUCUGACUUCAGACCCAAAGCCUCCAGAGAGACCUGGGUUUGGCAUGACUGCCACAGACAUUAUCAUAGUAUGGAGGUGUUCACCCACUAUGACCUACUUAGUUCAAACGGAACCAAGGUUGCAGAAGGACACAAAGCAAGCUUCUGUCUGGAAGACUCUGAAUGUGAUGAAGGAAUUGAGAAAAGAUAUGAGUGUGCAAACUUUGGUGAGCAAGGCAUCACAGUGGGCUGCUGGGAUACAUACAGACAUGAUAUUGACUGCCAGUGGGUGGACAUUACAGAUGUUAAACCAGGAGACUACAUAUUCCAGAUUGUAAUUAACCCUGGUUAUGAGGUUGCUGAGUCAGAUUACAGCAAUAACAUUGUGAAAUGCAGAUGUCGAUAUGAUGGUCACCGUAUAUGGAUGUAUAAUUGUCAUAUAGGUGGAUCCAUUAGUGCAGAGAUAGAAGACACAUUCCCUGGCUUGGUCAACAACCAGGUUACCCACAGGUAAAACAGAGGUGCUGAUAAACAUCCAGAUACCCCAGUCAACCAGUGAACUCAUCUAGAGGCCUGAACCACUAUACCUCUCUGGAGGACCUUUCAUCUCACGGCAGUUAUUUCAUGGUACUUCUUCAACUAUGCUCAGAGCCAGCACUGUCCUCUGCUGUACUAUCCAACUGAACAUCUGGCUUUCAAACAAGAACUCAUUUCCAAACUCAGUUCUUUGAGAUAAUCUGACUAAAAUGGUGCUUUUCUGGUCACCAUUGAGCCAGUGACAAUUCUGAAUCCUCUUUCUAUCGGUUUGCUACUGGUGUUGAAGAUGAAACUCUUGCAUAACUCACUUAAGACAUGAAAGGAACUCCAGUAAAAUUAAACUUGACGGGACUUGUGGUUAAGGUCUUUUUUUAUGUUUAAAAAAUUGAGAAUACUACAUGAAACUACAGAAAAAUAAAGGCUUGAAGCGAU